AUGAGGGGCUCCUCUCUACUCCCUCAACGUUUUCGGGAGGUUACCUCACCUGAUUCUGCUGACGCCGGAUGGGUAAAUCGACGUAUAACAAACCUUCUGCAGGCUGUUUCCCGCAGAGCCUGUAUCCAUCCGAUCCAUACGAUUGUGGUGAUUGCUCUUCUAGCGAGCACUACGUACGUGGGUUUGUUGGAUGGCACACUCUUUGAUUCGGUGAAACAAGCGACGUAUAGCCCUGGCCAUGUCGAUGUGGACUCACUUCUUGAGGGAGGAAGAAAUCUGCGACUUGGUGAGAAAACAGGGUGGAGAUGGCAGGUCGAUGAUAGCCUUCAACUCGGGGAUAGUAACACUGCUCGGCAUUUGGCCUUGACGACCUUUGUAUUCCCUGACUCGUCGAACCGUUCCCCUCAGACCGCUCCGCUCGCGGAGAAUGUCCCGCUCCCUUCUAAUUCUUCGGCGCGUUCAAUCCCCCACACCCCCAACUUGCUCGCUCCAAUAUCGCAAGAUUCUUCACUCGCGUUCACCGUCUCCUACGAUGAGAUUACGCCCUUCUUAACCGCAGUGCGAGAAAUUCCGGACUCAGUCAAUCAUAAAGAUGCGCUCGAGCAGAAAAAAUGGAUCAUGAAGGCAGCCCGUGGGCCAAUCUCUGGUUCGCGAACCGCCUUGCGACUAUGGCUGGCCGAAGCUUGGACAUCAUUUGUUGACCUGCUGAAACACGCGGAAACUAUCGAUAUUUUUAUCAUGGUUCUCGGAUAUUUGUCCAUGCAUCUGACAUUCGUCUCCUUGUUCCUGUCGAUGCGACGCCUUGGAUCCAAAUCCUGGCUUGCUGCAACGGUCCUAAUCUCCGGCGGUUUUGCUUUCCUGUUCGGUUUACUGGUCACUACAAAACUCGGCGUCCCUAUCAACAUGGUUCUUCUUUCGGAGGGACUGCCCUUCCUUGUUGUUUUCAUUGGCUUCGAAAAACCUAUCAUUCUCACAAAAGCUGUGCUCUCUGCAUCUCUGGAAAGUUCCAAUCAAAGACCUGCCGACACGAACCGUCAAACAACCGCGGCUCGAAAGGCUUCUCCGGUACGCUCGAUUCAAGACGCGAUUCAACAUGCUGUCAAGGCCAAAGGCUUUGAGAUCGUUCGAGACUAUUGUAUUGAGAUUGGAAUUUUGGUGGUUGGUGCUGCCUCAGGUGUACAGGGAGGUCUCCGGCAGUUCUGUUUUCUCGCCGCUUGGAUUUUGUUUUUUGACUGCGCAUUACUUUUCACGUUCUACACCACCAUUCUUUGCAUCAAACUUGAAAUCAACAGGAUAAAACGCCACGUGGAACUCAGAAAGGCGCUCGAGGAAGACGGGAUCACUCGUCGUGUUGCGGAAAAUGUCGCCUCCAGCAAUGAUUGGCCUAGGAUGAAUGGAGGAGGUAACGGCAACAGCGGCAAUGAAUCAACUGGUAUCUUUGGCAAAAAGGUCAGAGCGAGCAGUGUUCCCAAGUUCAAGUUCCUCAUGGUUGGUGGGUUCGUUCUGGUCAAUGUCGCCAACCUAUGUACCAUUCCUUUCCGCAAUCGACAAGAAGACCUGCCAGUAUUGACCAAGCUGUCCAACGUGCUAUCGCCCGCGCCGAUUGACCCAUUCAAAGUGGCUGAGAAUGGUCUCGAUGCCAUUUACGUGAAUUCAAAGAGUCAGGGAGUAGAGACGAUUGUCACUGUUCUGCCCCCGAUCAAGUAUAAGCUCGAGUACCCGUCUGUGCACUAUGGUGGGCCAGACAACAGCGUUUUUGAUAUUGAAUAUACCGAUGUUGUUGGUGGAAGGGUUAUCGAGAGCCUGUUGAAGAGCCUGGACGACCCGAUCAUCAGUAAAUGGAUUAUUGCGGCUUUGACGCUCAGCUUGAUUUUGAACGGAUAUCUCUUCAACGCCGCACGCUGGAGUAUAAAGGAACCUCAAACUGAUAGCGAGCCUCAAAAGCGACAGGUAGAAACUCUCCCAGAACCAGUUACGGUUAAGAGGCCGAUUGUGAAGGCUGAUGGCUCGGCGAGGACUCGAGAGGAAUGCGAGCAAAUGCUAAAAGACAAGGCUGCUUUCCUUUUGGACGACGAAGAACUCAUCGAACUAUCUCUGCGCGGCAAGAUUCCCGGAUACGCGCUUGAAAAGACCAUGGAAUGUAAGGAGAUGACCCGAACUGAGGCGUUUACUCGAGCUGUUAAGCUUCGAAGAGCGAUUGUGUCAAGGAAUACCGCCACUUCGGCAACAACAGGCUCUCUUGAAUAUUCUAAAGUUCCCUACGAGCAUUACAACUACUCCCUUGUCCACGGUGCUUGUUGCGAAAACGUGAUCGGAUAUCUACCACUCCCGCUAGGCGUUGCAGGACCUCUGACUGUCGAUGGACAAAGUUACUUCAUUCCAAUGGCAACCACUGAGGGUGUUCUUGUCGCCAGCACGAGUCGCGGAUGCAAGGCCAUCAAUGCCGGAGGCGGUGCGUCUACAGUUGUCACUGGAGAUGGCAUGACCAGAGGUCCUUGUGUGGGCUUCCCAAGCCUUGCUAGGGCUGGUGCGGCGAAAGUCUGGAUUGACUCGGAAGAAGGACAAACGGUAAUGAAAAACGCGUUCAACUCUACUAGCCGCUUUGCAAGACUGCAGCAUAUGAAGACUGCUCUCGCCGGGACGUACCUUUACAUCCGAUUCAAGACCACCACCGGUGAUGCUAUGGGCAUGAACAUGAUUUCGAAAGGUGUUGAAAAGGCUCUUCAUGUCAUGAAAACUGAAGCAGGGUUCGAUGAUAUGGCCACUAUCUCUGUAUCUGGAAAUUUCUGUACGGACAAGAAGCCAGCUGCUAUCAACUGGAUCGAUGGACGGGGUAAGUCUGUUGUUGCGGAAGCGAUCAUUCCCGGAGACGUUGUCAAGAACGUUCUGAAGAGCAAUGUGGACGCACUCGUCGAGCUCAAUAUCAGCAAGAACUUGAUUGGCAGUGCCAUGGCUGGGAGCGUUGGAGGAUUCAACGCCCAUGCCUCUAACAUUGUUACUGCGCUGUUCCUUGCCACUGGUCAAGAUCCAGCUCAGAACGUGGAGAGCAGCAAUUGCAUAACCAUUAUGAAAAACGUCGACGGCAAUCUCCAUAUCAGCGUGUCCAUGCCCUCGAUAGAGGUCGGGACCAUUGGAGGUGGCACAAUCCUCGAAGCUCAAUCCGCGAUGCUCGAUAUACUGGGUGUCCGUGGACCCCAUCCCACCAACCCCGGCGACAACGCUCGCCACUUGGCGCGCAUCGUCGGUGCGGCCGUUCUGGCUGGCGAGCUGAGUCUCUGCAGUGCUCUCGCUGCGGGACACCUGGUGCAGGCGCACAUGGCUCACAACCGGGCAGCGCCAUCGACACGGUCGAUGACGCCGGUUUCGGCGGCUGUGGCGACGACUGCAACGGAUAGAAAUUGA